UUUUGCUCUCCCGUUCGUAAUUCGACAAAUCGAUGAUUAAUGCUUUUUGUUAUCAGUGGAAGUUGAUCCCUAAUUUUCACCCAAAAAGUUUUAGUUGAGAAAGUAUCGAAUUGAAACAAAUGAUAUUAUGGCUUGUAAUGGGUGUACAAAAAAAUUUGGGUUUUUCCUCAAAGAGAAUGGAUGUCCGUCUUGUAAGUUCUCAUUCUGCUCGAAAUGCUUGAAAUUUCGCAUAAAAAUCGAAGGAAAAUCAAAAGACGUCUGCUUACGAUGUUACGAAUUGUCCAAAUCUAGAUUAAAUCCCAAUACUAGCGAAGCAAUUUCAUCGAAGUCCAAAACCGACAAUUCGAUCCUAGAUGUUCCAGUUGAAGAAGUGGUUCCUGUUGCAACAAACAUUAUUAAUCCCGUAUCCAUUAAGUCGGAAUCGGAAGUAAUUCCUGACAGGGACACCGAAAUAUGGGAACGACUCGCCGCUUUGAAGCAAAAGGAUGACAAACCCGAUCAACAACUGCCCAAUUCAGAAGUCCCAUCAAGUGCUGGAACCAGUCUUACCGACAUGGAGAAAAGGCUAGCAGCUUUAAGAGGAAUUGAGUAUAAGGAUUACACAAAAGCGAAUAAGAAUUUUCUGUUGAAGAAAGAUGGUCGUAGCGAGGAGGAACAAAUCAUCGAUCUUAUGAAACAAUUCGAGGAAGAAAAGGAAAUACACGAAUCCAUGGAUAAUAAUCGGUUGGCGGCAGUUGACGACAUUGAAAACCGCUUAGCAGCUUUGAGGGAUAUCCCUGCUGAUGAAUCUAGCAAAGAAAAACCAUUUGCCGAAAAGGAUCUACCAAAUUCUUCUGACGACGAAGACGAGGAGAAUGAGGAAGAUGCUGCCAAGAAAUUAGCCACCCGAUUUCUGGAAGAAGCGGCUAUUGAUGCCAAAAAGCACCCAAUGGAUGACGAUGAAGACGAAUUGAAUAAUCUGGACAUUCCGGUUCCAUUAGAUCCGUCCGAAAUAGAGGAGCUCCCAUGGUGUACCAUUUGCAAUGAGGAUGCCGUUAUUCGUUGUGUAGGCUGCGGAGGCGAUUUAUUCUGUCGAGGCUGCUUCAAAGAGUGUCAUGACGAUGACAAAGAUUACCGGAAACAUGAAAUCAAACCAUUCAAAGCUGUGAAUAAAACCAAAAGCUAAUUGAGUUACUUUAUAUGUAGAGUUAUAGCCAAAAUAAAGUGCUUUAUUGUGAUCAAUCGAUCAAUCGUA